ACAAACAAAAAAUUGUCUAUUUUUACACUUUUAUUUUGAUUAUAGAUGACGACAAUGAAUGAACUUCAUCUAGAUCUGCAUUCAAAGAUCCUAAUGGGACUAGCGGAGGUCCUUGCUGAUUCCCGAGCAAAAGCCUCUUCCAGCGAAAUAGAAAAACUAAUUAGCAAGUGUCCUGCUGUUCCAAUUAACGACGAUACUGAUAUUCUCACAAGAAGAGAAGCUCCUGAACUUGGUGCCAUGACUCGUAGAAGUCAACAAACUAUUGCAGCUUUGGUCAAUUAUGCAGUAAGAGCUAAGCCCGAAAAUCAAUUGGAACUUUUGCCUAGACUUUUAUCUUACAUGAGACACCUGCCAGCUUUUCGAUGGGAGCCUGUUAUUUUGGACGGCCCUCCUCCCCCUGACGCUAUCACAUAUAGCUUAGUUGCAGGUCUUUUGGAGAUUGGAGACAAAAAUCCUGAACGCUACGAACAGAUUAUAAAUGCUUUGUGGGACUACGCUCAAUGCAUUAUUCACCUCAUGUCUGAAAAUGUUGAAUUUACAGUUACUUUUAUUCUUCCUUCAUUGGCUGGUCUUUCUAGAGCUCUUCAAUUGUCACCCUUCCUUUAUAAACCCGACCAAUUAUUGGCUCUUUGCAAAAAUACCCAGCCCUUAAUUCGUGACGAUACUUUGGAUUUAAUUCGCAUCUCCAUCAGUAGCUGUCUCAGAGAUGCCGAAGGCACUGCAUAUAGUCGUCGUGUUCUGGCUCGCUAUUGGGAAGAUGGGAUACCCCUUAGUUCCAACCGUGUUAUUCACGAUUUAUUGAUUGUUUUUAGAAAUGUGCUUGCUCGGGUUAUUGCACAUUCGAAUCCCACGACCGACACCGUUACACCAAUUAUUGUACCAGUCAAAAAAUUCGCCCGUUUAUAUUUACCUCAUGAUGUCGAAACCUCAUGGUCCGUGCUCAUGCAGGACACUGCGACAAAAAUUCAACUGGUGACUGAGGUUGAUAGAAUGUUAAAUAAGAGCCUUAAAAAUAUUUAUGCCAUGAGUCUGGGUUACUAUGAAGAAAUUCGCAAGUUUGCUGAAAAGAGUAACCAAGAAGGUACGAAAUGGGCUCCAGACGCAUAUAUGCAAGAAAUUAUGGGGACCAGUUUGCAUGUUGCAUCUUUAUCAUCCGUAUUUAUGCAUGAAGUUGACGACUCUCUAAUUGAUCACAUCACUGAAUGUUUAUUUGAUGUGCCACAUAUUGCUGAUUCAUGGGUACACAUUGCUUCUUUAGAUGCCGCUGUGUUGCUUGCUGUAAACUUCACUCAUUUGAACCCUGUGAUGACUAACACUAUCUGCAGAUUUUUGGCUACACCAUCCCCUGUAUUUGAGCUUCAAACAGAAAAUGUUAAUGAAAUCAUCAGUGUUCAACAAUAUGCUAUUGUUCGAUUAGCUCAAUGCGUUCAGACUAAACCUGAGGCACAAGUUUCUCAGGCUGCAAUCUCUACUGUUUAUGCGCUUUUAAAUGAGAUAACACGAUAUGCUGGCACAGAAAACGGAACAGCCAACAACGAAUACAAGACAUCCAAUGGCAGUGCUAUCUCUGGUGUACCCGCUUUAGAACAAUUAAGUGAUAAACAAAAGCAACAAGUUUCCGCCAAUGUUUUAUCGGCCAUUGUUGGUAUUGCUGUUUACUUAAAAGAUGACAGGAUUAUCUCACAAGCUUUCUCCAUGUUGGCACUCCGUCGUAAAAUGUUGUCUCCUGCUGCAACUGCGUCUUUGACUUUAAAGCUGGUUGAUCUUGCUCUAGUCAGUCCCCAAGAAACCUAUUGUGACAUUAUUGCUUUACUCUCUACAUUUAGCCGUGAAGCUCUUCACAGUGAGAAUAACCUACUCAACACAUCUAUUUUGGCCGCACAAUUAAGUUUGGCCAAGCGUUUAUCAGAGCGUCCCGAAUAUUACCAACUUUAUCUUCACAGUCUUUUGAACCUCUUUGUUGAAAACGGUAAUUCGAUUCAAAGAUCCAUGACCAAAAACAAGAAGGAACAUGAAUACCCAUUAGCAUCCAAGCUUGGUAUGCUUUUACCCAUUAUCGGAGCCUUAUUGGAACAUGAUGAUUUCAACCCCCACCUAUUGCCCAGCGAAGAAACCGUCUCUCUUUUCCGUAAUGUUUGGUUUCAUUGCGUUUUGUUUGGUUUUGUGACCGAAACUAUGUGGGUUCGUGAAUGGCAUUCUGCCAUGUUGCAGGUUUCUAAGAAGACUCCCGUGUUCGUGAUUGAGAGCACAACGAACUAUCUUGAGAGUGACCUUGAACACAACUCAGUUUUACGUGCCAGUAGUGUUGCUGAUAAUGGACUGAUUCCUAUGCGUCAAAAGCUUACUAAUUUUUUGCCCUCUCUUGCUUAUGAAAUCAAAAACUUCUCUUUUGCUCAGGUCAUCUUUGCAUUAAGUGUUUACCAUGUCGAAAUGAUGCGUAGUCGCGUAGGUGAUUGUUCUUACAUCCUUCGUUAUUUUAUGAACGAUGGUGUCAAUACAAGCGCACUUGUCAGCUGCCUUGAAACCAUUGCUGAUCGUGUGUCACAUGCUUUUGUUAAGGAUGCUUCUAUCAAAGCUUUAGGUCAAGUACUGGAUACCAAUUUGCGUACCCAAACUGCAGCUCUUUUGGAAUUAUGCUGUCAUAAGCGUAAAAAGGUCCACCUUUUGGCUGUCAAAACUAUUGAAAAAAUUGUAGCAUCAUUUGCUCAAGUCUUCACAGAUGGUGCUUUGGUUACCUUAUUACUUGAGCUUGUCCAACUUGCUUGGCUUAGUUGUGAGGCUGAAUAUCGUGAUGAGUAUUCGCCUGUCUUUCAUUUCACCUCUGCUCGUGUUAAUGUCACUAUUGAAUUAGGUGAUUCUUAUGCCUACCGUAGAGAAGUAUGUACUCGUCUUUAUGAAAGUGCUCGCAAGUGGCUUCAAAUUGGACUUGUCCGUGCGCCUGUUGAGGUGUCUGGUUUACUUCAGGACUACCUUGUCGAAUUCAACCGCUUCUCGCCUGACGGUCUCACCGAUGUUGUUCACAUGGGUCGCUCUUUAGCACUUGAAAUGGGAAAGACCUCUUCCAAAAACGAGUUAUCUAUCGACUUUGUUCCCAAGGUACCAUCCAUCUUCCCUGACGAAUCCUCCAACUUUAUUGGAAGCUUCAGAUCAAGACAAUUUUAUUCCGGUGAGAUUAGUGGUAUUGAAUACUUAAUCAGCCUUCGCGCAAAGGCUGCUGAAUCUGAAGAAGGCAACACACUAUCUGAUCAAAUUCCUUUUGUUAUUGAGGCUCUUCAAAGUCUUUCGGACGAUAUCGCUCACCACAAGGCAGUCUCUGUAGAUCGUCUUUAUCGCGUCAUGCAUCGUUCUGCUGGCUACGCUAUUGCAUUGCCCAAGAUUAACGCAGACAUCAUUCGCCAUUUAGUUCAUAUUCCCGUUCAUUUAUUUACGCCCGAAUCUCUUGAUAUUGGUACAACAGUUUGGAACUGGAUGCUUGUAGAACGCCCAGAAAUCGAAAAUAAGCUGAUGAUUGAAAUGAUGAGUAUGUGGAGCUGGGCUCAACGUCAUCGUAAGGGUUUAUUUUCCCCCCUUCUCAAUGUCAAGCAUCCCUUUGUUAGCAAGAUGACAUACACUCCGUCGGACAAGGCUAUUCGUGACAGCAACCAUAGCAUUGCUACUUUCUUAUUUACCCCCCACAUUACUUGGAUCAAAUUUUUGAGCAGCCGAUUCUACGCCAUUCGUCACCGAAGCAAACAUUUGGUCAACAUGUUUAUUCGUUUGCUACAAGAUUCUUUCCAGAAUGCAAAUAUGAUGAGCACGCAUUCACUUGCUAGAUAUGCCAGAUUCUCUCUUCUUCGAUUGGGUUUGAAGGUGCUGCAAUCUACACGAUUGGAGGCUUUGGCAGAAUACAAACUUCGUGCCUUGGUGUACGAUGCAGCUUUCGACUGGUUCUCUCAAACACCCAAAUGGCAUUAUGGUGCACGCAAGAGUUUGGCUUUGAUGGAAUAUAAACUGAUGACAGACUUUUACAAUGCAGUCGUUAGUGAUGCGCCCUCCCUUAGCUAUCUGGUCACAUGUAAUUCUAUCAAGAGCGCUAAUCCCAAAAUCACCGCCGGGCAUUACAUGUUUUUGAAGGAUAAAACCAAGGAUGACGUGAUGAAGCAACAUAAGAGUGCUCAUAAGCUUUUAUUAUUAUUUAUCGAGAGUGAAUUGACCAAACUUUCCGUGUGGAGCAAUCCUCUCAAUACUGUUGGUUCCGGCAACCCGACUAGCUUCAGUGGGGCUACCGAGCGAUCCAUGGUGACGGAUGAAUCUUGGAAGGAAAUGAUUCGAUUUGCUUGGAGUGUAUCUCCUAAGUUAGCAGUGCAGAUGGAUUCUAGAUUUGUGCAACCUAUUGUAAAGAAGGAACUACACCGCUUGAUUGCAAACAACUCUUUGGAUGUCGUAGAUGUUCCCGAGGCACUUGUUAUUUUAUUAGGAGAGGGCUUAUCUCCUACAGCAAAGUUGGACUUGAAGUACUUACAAUACUGGGCACCUGUUCCGGCAAUCACGGCAGCAAGUUAUUUCUUACCGGCCUAUGGAAACCAUCCUUUAAUUUUGCAGUAUGCUAUGCGUAGUUUAGAGUACCAUCCUGUUGAUACCGUAUUUUUUUACGUUCCUCAAAUUGUGCAAGCUUUACGUUACGAUACUUUGGGUUACGUUGAAAAGUAUAUUCUGGAGGCAGCUCAAACUUCUCAGCUGUUUGCUCAUCAAAUUAUCUGGAACAUGAAGGCCAAUUUUUUUGUCGAUGCCGAUAAAGAUUGUAUCAAGCCUGAUGUUCUUAAGCCUACUUUAGAAAGAAUCAUUGAAACUAUGGUAGCUUCCUUUACAGGUGAAGAUCGUGCUUUCUAUGAACGUGAAUUCAAGUUCUUUGGUGAUGUCACUGCCAUCUCUGGUUAUCUCAAGGAAUAUAUCAAACACGGCCAAAACGAAAAGAAACCUCUUCAAAAGAAGCGUUUGGAUGAAGAGCUUUCUAAAAUCAAGGUCGAUGUGGGAGUUUAUCUUCCUAGUAAUCCUGAUGGCCAUGUUGUCGAUAUUAAUCGUGCUUCUGGUAGACCUCUUCAAAGUCACGCCAAAGCACCUUUCAUGGCUUCUUUCUUGGUCGAAAAGGAGGAGGAAGAUAUCACUGCCAUCAGCAAGGCACUUAUUUUGGCAUCUGAUGAAAUUGAGGUCCGUAAGCGCACUAUGCAAAUCUGGCAAAGUGCUAUUUUCAAGGUCGGUGAUGAUUGUCGCCAGGAUGUGUUAGCACUUCAAUUGAUUGCUGUCUUCAAAAACAUCUUCACAAGUAUUGGACUUGAUUUAUAUGUUUAUCCUUAUCGCGUUGUCGCUACUGCUCCUGGUAGAGGUGUUAUCGAUGUUAUUCCUCGCUCAAUUUCUCGUGAUCAAUUGGGUCGUGAAAAGGUGAAUAGCUUGUAUGAUUAUUUCGUCGCCAAGUAUGGUGGCCCUGAAUCUAUUCAUUUCCAACGUGCUCGUAUCAAUUUUGUUCAAAGUGUUGCUGCUUACUCGGUGAUCUCAUACUUAUUACAAAUUAAGGAUCGUCAUAACGGCAACAUCAUGUUGGAUGAUGAUGGCCAUAUCAUCCACAUCGAUUUCGGUUUUAUCUUUGAUAUCGCACCUGGAGGCGGUAUUCUUGAAAACUCUCCCUUCAAGUUGACAACUGAAAUGAUUCAAGUAAUGGGUGGUGGAUCUGAAGAACAGGCUUUCAAACAAUUUUCUGAGCUUGUGAUUAAGGCCUAUCUGGCUGCACGUCCAUAUGCUGAACUGAUCAUGCAACUCGUUUCUUUAAUGCUUCAAUCUGGUUUACCCUGUUUUAAGGGAGAAACAAUUAAACGCAUGCGUACCAGAUUCCAGGUUGACAAAUCCGAUCGUGUUGCGGCCGAUUUUAUGCUGAUGCGUAUUCGAGACUCAUUCACUAAUCAGCGUACGGUUCUUUACGAUUACUUCCAAAAGUUAACCAACGGCAUCCCAUACUAGACCUUUUCACUCUCCCGAUUAAAGACAUUUAAUAAACAAAUAAUAUUUUUUGGUUUUUGCUUUAAAAAAAA